AUGUCACAAAAACGUGAUAAAACUCAGGUUAUUUUGAAUAUAUUGAACCAUAUAGGUCAAAAUGACCGCUCUUUACUCGACACUAGUAUCAUCACAUCAGUCAUUGAGAAAAAUGACAAUUCAUUAUGCGAAUGCCCUUAUCGCGUACCUGAUGAAAAGAUUUACUUUCUUAAUGAAUCCGGUGCAAACUAUGGUGAACUUGGAGAACUUCAUGCUUCUAGCACUGCACCAUUACCCUGGCGACUUCACCAUGCUAUUCAUGAAAGAAAAUUUGACAUUCGUAACGUGCCCACUGAAAACGUGUUCAUACAUGAUGCUGGCCACUACAUCAAGCCUCAACAAAUGGAGUUAUUCUUGGCGCAUAAUCCUCUCGUACAACGCGUCAUCAUGACUGUGAUGUUUCCAAUUGAGCUCUUUGAUCACCCUGAGAGCUUGAGCGCUGUACCCAAUUUGUACACUUUGACACACCCUCGCCCUGGUUACUUCAAGUACACCCCGGAAGAUAAGGAUGGUGACUCCUACAUCCAAAAUUACCAGGAUAGCAAGUAUUGGAUCGAAAACUUUGCAUACGAUGGACCUCAACAGAUCUUUUACAUAACUCCACUCAACAGACUGUAUGCUCAACAUAUGCUCCUCAUUACCAAAGAACGUUACGAACAAGAGCCAGUUCGCUCAUUCAUGAUCCCCGAACUAUGUCCUAUACCAUCCAUUUACGACCUGGAUGCAGCUAAGCUUAACCCUAGAUUCAUUCAUCGCUCUCUGUUGAGAGAGGUCGUUGAUUACUGUUUCGGGAAUAUCAAAUGCGGAGGAGACGACCUCACCGGUACAAUGCGGGCUCUUAAAAAACGUUUCGACACAUUGGUGAAUCCCAAUGUGCAACAACAUAUAGUGCACAUUAUAGAUCGCUUCAUACGUCACUACGACCCGGAACCAGACAUGUUUCACGCCUUGCCAGACAGUAUCGGCGAAUGGGUUACGGGAAAAAUAUUUGGCAGUUUUUACAAUAAAUACGUCACGCCCAUGAGUGACGCUCAUCGCCUGUUUGUCCAAAAAUACUUAGAAGUCCCACCCUACACUAUCACCAUUAUCAACGAUCAACAACACAUAGAGCGUCCUCUAAGACCUAUCAAUUAUUACAAUGGUGCUCAUCUCACAUUACUGCCCAAUUUGUUCCCAGAAUUUCGCCUCAAGUUACUUGUUGACCACGCGCGUGACCUUUCUCACAGCUCCAAGCGUGCCUUUCUUGAAGAGAACGCUCCCCUGAUCAAUGACAUAUGCGGAGAACUGUUCCAUCGCGCCGGUCUCGCGCGCCCUGCACUGAUGGUUGAUUUCGAGGUCAAUAUAUACUAUCUUCUCUUCGACGACAAUGAAUAUACUUCUGAUCUUAUCGAAUUUAUCCCACUACCUAUUCGCACUCAAAGACGCCUACGCGAUCUACUCCAGCUCCCUGCGUUUCGUUCAUAA